GUUGUAUCACGUGGGGCUGUAUUAUAUGAAAUUUGAUCAAAUGUUACCAAAAUAUUCCUACUAAAUAAUGUGUUGAAAACUGGUUGAAUAUAGAGCUGUAUAAAUAUAACGUGAUGUCUGUAACAAAUCCAGCGGGGCACGCUGAUCGAAUGAUUUUUCUACAAUUUCUAAACUGUGUGGGGUUUUGGCUGUAGUCCCCUUUUUCCAUUAUGCAAUGUUUACCUUUGUUCGAAUUUCAGUUGAAGGCGCCGUGCUGCCCUCUACUGGGAGUCUUUGCGAAUAUUUACUAUGAACUACAUUUCCCGGCAUACCCCGGGGGAACUAGUGUGCGCAGCGGUUUAGAUCUAAAACCGUAGGCACGGGCCCAUACGCGCGCAAGUGCCAUUGACAGCGACAUGCGCAUACGGUUGUGAGAUCUGCUGUGCUACGCUAACGUGGAGGGCUGGUAACACACUUUCGGACGGAGCGAACUGCGCGGCAAAAGAAGGGAGACACAAACAAAAACAUGUGGCUGAGGCUCUGAGAACAACGGGUACGUUACUGUCUCACACGCCGGCGAAACGUGGCGUUGCUCGGAGCUUUGAGCGAGCCAGCGUCGCGGCACAUUGCGGCGGCGUGUUUCGCGGGAGCGCUAAAGGGGACGAGCGUUAUGCAAAAGUGCUUUGCGUUGAAUGGAUGUGUGUAGCAGAGGGAGUGCCCCGCCCACCAGAGCGCCAUCGACAGCCCAUGUUGGCUGCGUUGAUGUAACCAACAUUAUACAACGCGUCUAGCUGCUCAGCCGAGGACGGAGAGGAGAAACAUCUUCAAGAAACUACAAUCAAGUCCAGUUGCAACACCGUCAUGCACUGCAGGUGAGGAGAACAUCUGGCUUGUGACGGACAUUGGACACCAUGGGUUUGCACUCAGCCCAGAAGAAGCACUUCCCUCUGCGGGGCAUCGACGGUGUGGUUCAGCUGUUUGAUGUCGAGCUCCGCAAGUCUGAGCCUGACCUAGCCCUUCUUUCCCUGGUCCUGGGCUUCGUCGAGCACUUCCUGGCUGUGAACCGAGUCAUCCCCAUAAACGUUCCAGGGGUGCGGUUUGAACCGCUGGAGCCAGACUGUCCCAACUCCUGCUUCCCUACUGUAGAGCUGGGUAUGAUCAAUGCACUGUACGAGCGCUUCACGGCCCAGAUCCGCGGUGCAGUGGACCUGUCCCAGUACCGGAGGACCGCUGCAGGGUCCAGCAGGGAGCUGGUAAAGAAAGUCUCAGACGUGAUCUGGAACAGUCUCAGCCGCUCAUACUUCAAGGACCGGGCUCACAUCCAGUCCCUCUUCAGUCUCAUCACUGGCACCAAACUGGACAGCUCUGGUGUGGCGUUUGCGGUGGUGGCAGCCUGCCAGGUUCUCGGCCUGAAGGACGUCCACCUGGCACUGUCUGAAGACCACGCAUGGGUAAUUUUUGGCAAAGGCGGCGAGGAGACGGCUGAAGUCACCUGGCAUGGAAAGGGCAACGAAGACCGACGAGGACAAACGGUCACAGCAGGAGUCAAUGAGAAAAGUUGGUUGUAUCUGAAGGGCUCCUACAUGAAAUGUGACAGAAACAUGGAGGUGGCUUUCAUGGUUUGUGCUAUCAACCCCUCUCUAGACCUUCACACUGACAGCUCUGAGCUCCUGCAGCUGCAACAGAAACUCCUGUGGUUGCUGUAUGAACGAGGUGACCUGGACAGGUAUCCCAUGGCCAUGGGCACCUUGGCAGACCUCGAGGACCAGGAUCCAAUCCCAGGCAAAGAGAACCCCCUGAAAAUGCACCUCAAGGCUGUAAGUUCUGCUCAGAAGCACUACAACAAUGAGCACAUCUACCCCUACAUGUACCUGGCUGGCUUCCACUACAGACACAGGGACGUGCAGGAGGCCCUGAGGGCCUGGGCCGAGGCAGCUCAGGUCAUGCAGGAAUACAACUAUUUCCGUGAGGACGAGGAGAUCUACAAAGAGUUCUUUGACAUUGCAAACGAUGUCAUUCCCACUCUGCUGAAGGAGGCCACUGCUGCCGAGGGUCCUGGGGAGGGAGGAGAGGGGGGAGAGGGAGCUGACAAGGAGCUCCACAAACAAGCUGCAGCCUUCUCAGCACUCCAGGAUGCAGAAUGCUUUGCCCACCUGCUGCGGUUCUAUGACGGCAUCUGCAAAUGGGAGGAGGGCAGCCCGACGCCGGUGCUUCAUGUGGGCUGGGCCACCUACUUGGUCCAGUCUCUGAGCCGCUUUGAUGCUCAGGUGCGUCAGAAGGUGUCCAUCAUCAUCAAAGAGCCAGAGUCCCAGGACGAUGACGACCAGUCCAGCGAUGACCCCCGCGAGGGCCGCAGACGGGGCCCCAGGAGGGAGUCCAAGCUGGAGGAGCAGAACUCUCCUCCCACCUCCCCAGCCACCCAGCCCGCCGCAGGCACAACAACAACAACAACAACAACAACAGCAGCAGCAGCAACCGCAACCGCAACCACCACCGUCUCUCAGCCCAGGAAAGUUGGCGAGGGAGCGGGCCGCUGCCGUGCCUCGCAGGGCCCGCGGGGCGGAGACACUGAAGGAAAACCGAAGUCCCCCAGCCCGGAUUCCGGAUCCUCCCCGUUGUCCCAGCAGCAGCAGGCGUCGCCCUCCCCGGCCGGUCCCGUCGUCGCCUUUCAGAGCGAGAAGAUGAAGGGGAUGAAGGGGCUGCUGUGUGCAGCCAAGGUGAACUCCAGCGCCAUCAAGCUGCAGCUCACCGCUCAGUCGCAGGUCCAGAUGAAGAGGCAGAAGAGCACCCCGGCCGGGGACUACUCCAUGUCCUUCAUGAAGCGCCAGCGCAAAUCGCUGUAGACGCGUCGAUUGUUGUGAGAGUCUAUGAUAUACUGUGAACGGCCGCAUUGGACGCCCCGUUAACCUCGCUCUUGUUUGUGAAACUUGUUACCAGUGUUUUCAUCCAGAGGUUUGCUGUCAUCGAACAACCCUCAGAGUUCCCAGCAAUAUAUAUUUUCGACAUGCACCGGUGAUCUGCAGUUAAAUGUCACAUAUCAGGUUUGAACUGAAGGAAUGAACCCUUUCACUGUUUUUUUUUUUUUAUUAUUCAUCCCAAUUCUGGGGAAACAUCCUGGUUGAUCAGUUGUAUCCUUCACUCUUCAUUAGUUUGUGUUUUAAUUGGCAGCCAAUUGUACACCGACUAUUAACUUCUCUUUGACUCACACGUGGAUGUUUGAAGCCAAAGUAACGAGGGGGGGGCAGAAUUCACCGUACAGAUGUGUAAAUAUCAACUCGUACCGUUAGGAACCUGUUCAUAUCUGAAGCCUCGGAAGUAAUUAAUUUAGGAUAGUUACUGUGUAACAUUGUCCACUUCUGCUCUAUCGACAGCUCCUUUCUUGCUAGCUCUAUGUUGCCUUACUUUGCUUUUUGUUCUUUACCGAAGUAGGUGGCCUUUAGUUUUGAGAAUAGCUGAGCGAGGCCUUUUUUUAAAAAAAAAAUGAUUAGAGAAAACCAGGAAGACCAUGCACUGUUGAGACGGAGCCACAUUAGGUGGCCCCGGCUUGCUACGUCCUAUUUGCUUGAUGACUUGUCGUUUUGUUCUUGUUUUGUAUCUGCAAGUAAUAAAAGACCUAAUGACAACAGA